CAGCUGCCACUGAGGCUUCAACAUCAUUCAUUUUUGACCGAAUUGGUGGAAUUUGCGAGAAAGAAAUCAAAACACCAAAACAAAAAGAAGUUAAUAAUAACAAUCCAACAUUGCAUUGCUAAAUGGUUCACAACAUGGAGUGGUACAUUGGAAGUGAAUGGCAAUUGGAACGUAAAGGUCUUCACAAGAAAGUUUUAGAACAUAAAUUUACCAAACUGGAAAAACCCUUUCCAGUUUCGAAAGUCUUAAUUUCGGUGUCCAAUGUGGAAAAUCUAAACGGACGUGAAUCGAAAUAUUUAGCCGCUGAUAAGCUGGAUCAGGAUCAAUGUAUGGAAAUGGGCACAGCCCUGUGUCCUGUGGACUACUAUUUGGAGCUUAUGAUUCAACAAAUGAUAAUAGGAGAGAAAGCUUUAUGUACCAUAAGAACCAAGGAGCCAGGAAAAUCAAUUAAAAUAACACUUUCCCUUAAAAAAAUAAUAGAAUCGAAGGAAAUACAAAAACUUACAGUGCCAGAAAUGUAUGAAUUAGCCUUGAAGUACAAAGAGAAUGGAGUGAAAAUGUUUAAAUCUUAUCCAGUAUUUGCCCACGAAUACUUUGCAAAAGCUGCCAAGUGUUUGAUUUCUUUCAAGGACUUUGAGAAUUUAACUAAAAAAUCAGAUGGUGUUUCUGGAAAAGAUAUGCAUGAUCUUUUGAUACAAAUUCAAACCAACCUAGCAGCAUGCCUUCUGACUGCAAAGCGUUAUGAUGAUGUUAUUUACCAAACAAAAUUUGUUGAGUCCCAAAAGUGUCCUUCGGAGAAAAGCAUUUAUCGUAGAGCAAUGGCUUAUUUCCAUAUGUCUGAAUUUGAUUUGGCACAAAAAACCAUAGAAAAACUACCUGAUUUCAAAGACAAAAAGGAAUUUGCCAGUUUGUACCAAAAAAUAGUAGACCGACGAAAGAGCAGCAAUGACAAUUACAAGGGUAUGGUGAAGAAAAUGUUUGGGUAAAAAGAAAGAUUUACUUUUAAAAGUCUUUAUUAUUUAAGUUAUGCUUAAACUAUAUAAAAAUAAAGGAAUUUUGUAAAAACUCCUUCAA